GUAGGAUGUGGUUUACUGUGCAACAACCCUAUGCCGGAAACUCUACGACAUCUAUCAACUUAUCAUCCUCAAUUUUUUUUUCUUGUACACUCACUGCUACUCUGUCUCUGCAUGCUGUAGGCAAUGCCGCCUCUCUUGGUAUGACAAAACAAGGCAGUAUUUCUCAUUGCGCUUCUCAUAGCUGGUAAAAUGUUCCCCAGGGUGAUUUUGAAGGGAACUCUGAUCAAAAAAUCUCAACAGAAGAAGCGAGUGUCACCCUGUAACUAUAAAGAGCGAUUUUUUGUGUUGGAUACCCAAGACCUGAAGUAUUCUGAACGUCGUCCCGGGAAAAAGCCUUUGCUGAAAGGUUGCAUCGAGCUGUCCAGAAUUAAGUGCGUGGAGAUUGUGUGUACUGAUGUGCCCAUACCAUGCAGCUUUAAGUACCCUUUUCAGGUUUUUCAUGAAAGUUAUUACCUCUACAUAUUUGCACCAGACAAUGACUGCCGUCAGAAAUGGGUCAGAGCUCUUAAAGAGGAGACAAAGAAUAACAACUUAGUUCCAAAAUACCACCCAAACUUCUGGAUGGAUGGAAAAUGGAGAUGCUGCCAGCAAACAGAGAAACUGGCGACUGGGUGCAACGUGUACGACCCAGUGGGCUAUGCCUCUAAAAAGCCGCUUCCCAGCCUCCCGGAGCCAGAGAUGGAGCUGGAAGAUUCGGGGCAACAGAAGGUCAUCGCUUUGCAAAACUACACGCCACAGGGAGACAAUGACUUACCUCUUCAGAAAGAUCAGGAGUAUCUCCUGGUUAAGAAUUCCCAUUCCACCUGGUGGCUUGUACAGGAUGAGAGAGGGAACUCGGGUUUUGUGCCCAGUACAUACGUAGCUGAAAAAUCCAUCCACAACUUUGAAAGAUUUGAAUGGUACAACAAAAACAUUAGCAGAGCGCAAGCAGAAGAAUUGCUAAUGAAAGAGGGUAAGGAAGGUGCAUUCAUUGUGCGGGACUCAAGACAGGCGGGAGUGUACACAGUGUCUGUUUUCACCAAAGCACCAGGGUCUAAUGGGGAGAAGAAUCCGAGAGUGAAGCAUUACCAAAUCAGACAAACCGAAACGAGCCCAGCUUCUUUUUACCUGGCAGAGAAGUACCUGUUUAGCACCAUUCCUGAGCUCAUAUAUUACCACCAGCACAAUGCUGCAGGGCUAAUAACACGGUUGAGACACCCCGUCUCUCAAGGUCGAUGCUGCUCCCAGGAUUCUACUGAUAUCGCAAAAGAUCAGUGGGAAGUGGACCCUGAGGAGCUGAUACUGGGUCAGGAGAUAGGCAGCGGCCAGUUUGGACUGGUGCUGGAAGGUAGCUGGAGGGAUCUCAAGGUAGCGGUGAAGAUGGUAAGAGAAGAGUGCAUGUCAGACGACGAAUUUAAAGAAGAGGCACGGAUUAUGAUGAGACUCUCUCACUCUAAGCUGGUACAGCUGUAUGGCGUGUGCACACAACAUUCUCCUAUUUGCCUCGUGUUUGAGUACAUGGAAAACGGCUGCCUGACGGACUACCUGCGAGAAAGGAAAGGCUCGUUGUCUCAGGAUAUAUUGUUGGGGAUGUGUCUGGAUGUCAGCGAAGGGAUGGCUUAUCUAGAGAUGUCCAACUUCAUCCACAGAGAUCUGGCUGCCAGGAACUGUCUCGUCUCAAAGAACAACGAGGUGAAGGUAUCGGACUUUGGAAUGACCAGAUUUGUUCUUGAUGAUCAGUACACGAGCUCACAGUGCUCCAAGUUCCCUGUCAAGUGGUCAGCCCCAGAGGUCAUCAGAUACUGCAAAUUCAGCACCAAGUCUGACGUCUGGUCAUUCGGUGAGUUUGGGCGCUUGUCUGCCAUUCAGCUGUUUGUGAACGCAGGCCUGAGGCUCCUGAAGCCACGCUUGGCCCCGGACUCUGUCCACCUACUCAUGGAGUGGUGUUGGAAGGAGAAACCAGACGAUCGCCCAACAUUUGGGCUCCUCUUUCACGAGCUGGCCUCCCUUUCAGACGCCUGAACCAACAUGUGAUUUGUGAUUUUUUUUAUAUAUAAUAUUUAUUUUAUUUAUUUACUGUAACCAGUUGCUUGUCAUUUGUAAAGUUAGAUUAUUCCAAAGCAAUUUUAUAUCCUGGAUUUUGCACUUUAUCUCUUUCGUAGCUUUGUAAGUAUCCCCUGAGAGGGCUCACACAGUCCAUUCACACAGCUACUGGUGCUUCCUGCAGAAUCAUGUAAAGGUCUGAGUAAUUCUAUAAGCCAUAUAAAAGUGAGAUGUUUGCUUUUCAGUCAGCUGACUGUCAUUAAACUGAAUGUUUUACAUCUUGUCACUUCUCACUGUCUUAGUUUCCUCCACUACAAUAAUGAAAUCUUGGCAUAAGAAAUAUUUUUGUUUCUAUAUGAAGAAAUUAUUGAAGUUGCCAGAUGUUAUAUAUAUUUAGAAAUUAGAAAGGCUUUCCUGUUUUAUGGAGCUCACUGACAUUAGCCACAACAGUCAUAUUUUUGAUGAUCAUCCAUAUACUGUACAUAAAAGAUGGACAU